GCAGCUCUGGCUGUGACCUGGGGUUCCCUGAAGGCAGUCCUGACAGGACAGGAGCGAUGGGGGCUGGCAGUGAAAAGGAGCCAGGGGUCUUACAGUGUUUCCCUUUCUCCCCACCCUCUGCAGAGCCAUGAGCCACCAGAUCCUGCUGCUCCUGGCCGUGCUGACCCAGGGCCUGGCCGCCUCCCAACAGCAAGACAAGGCGCCCUGUGAGAUGGUCGACAAGGAGGUAUCGUGCCAGGCUCUUGGCCUGCUCCAGGUCCCGUCGACGCUCCCGCGGGACAUCGAGGCCCUCGACCUAUCAGGAAACCACCUGCGGAGCAUCCUGGCCUCACCCCUGGGCUUCUACACGGCACUUCGCCAGCUGGACCUGAGCACCAAUGAGAUCAGCUUCAUCCAGACGGGGGUCUUCCAGGCCCUGCCCUACCUGGAGUACCUCAACCUGGCCCAUAACCGCUUGGCGGCGGGCACCGUGCUGAGCACCCCUGGCCUGGGCCCCCUGCCUCGUGUGACCUCCCUGGACCUGUCCGGAAACAGCCUGUACAGUGGCCUGGUGGAGCGGCUGCUGGGGGAGGCACCCGCCCUGCGCGCCCUCUCGCUGGCGCAGAACAGCCUCACGCGCCUGGGCCGCCGCACCUUCUGGGGCACACCCGCGCUCGAGCGGCUGGACCUCCACAGCAACGUGCUCAUGGACAUCGAGGAUGGAGCUUUCGAGGCCCUGCCCCACCUGGCCCACCUGAAUCUCUCCAGGAACUCCCUCACCUGCAUCUCCGACUUUAGCCUCCAGACCCUGCGUGUGCUUGACCUGAGCUGCAACAGCAUCGAGGCCUUUCAGACGGCCCCGGACCCGCAGGCUGAGUAUCAGCUGGCCUGGCUUGACCUGCGGGAGAACAAACUGCUCCACUUCCCAGACCUGGCCUCGCUCCCCAGACUCCUCUACCUGAACGUGUCUAACAACCUCAUCCGGCUCCCGGCGGGGCUGGUCCAGGGCGGCGAGGGCAUCCACGCACCCUCUGAGGGGUGGUCGGCCCUGCCCUUCUCCAACCCCAGCCGGAAUGCCAGCAGCCAUGCCCUCUCCCAGCUCCUGAAUCUGGAUUUGAGCUACAAUGAGAUUGAGCUGGUCCCUGAGGGCUUUCUUGAGCCCCUGACCUCCCUUCGCUUCCUGAAUCUCAGCCGGAACUGCCUGCGAGCCUUUGUGGGGCUGCGUGCUGACUUCCUGCCUUGCCUCGUGCACCUGGAUGUGAGCCACAACACGCUAGCGACGCUGGCGCUGGGCACCAGAGCCCUGGGGUCCCUGCGGACUCUGCUUCUCCAGGACAAUGCCCUGCAGGACCUGCCCCCGUACACUUUCGCCGGCCUGGCCAGUUUGCAGAGGCUGAACCUUCAGGGAAACCAGGUCAGGCCUUGUGGGGGGCUGGCGGAGUCUGGGCCCCUGGGCUGUGUGGCCUUCUCUGGCCUGUCCUCCCUCCGCAUCCUGAACCUGGUGGGCAAUGGGAUGGAACGGCUGCGGGCGGGUGCCUUCCUCCACACGCCACUUACCGAGCUGGACCUGUCGGGGAACCCGGGGCUGGAUGUGGUCUCGGGGGCCCUGGCAGGCCUGGAGGCCUCCUUGGAGGUCCUGGCCCUGCAAGGCAAUGGGCUGGCUAUCCUCCAAGUGGACCUGCCCUUCUUCAGCUGCCUUAAGCGUCUCAACCUGGCCGAGAAUCGCCUGAGCCACCUGCCGGCCUGGACGCAGGCCGUGUCCCUGGAGGUGCUGGACCUGAGGAACAACAGCUUCAGCCUCCUGCCGGGCAGUGCCAUGGGAGGCCUGGAGUCCAGCCUGCGGCGCCUCUACCUGCAGGGCAACCCACUAAGCUGUUGCGGCAAUGGCUGGCUGGCUGCCCAGCUGCACCGGGGCCAUGUGGAUGUGGACGUGACCCAGGACCUGACCUGCCGCUUCGGCUCCCAGGAGGAGGUGGCCCUGAGCCACGUGCGCCCCGAGGACUGUGAGAAGGGGGGACUCAAGAACAUCAACCUCAUCAUCAUCCUCACCUUUGCGCUGGUCUCGGCCAUCCUCCUCACCACCCUGGCCACCUGUUGCUGUGUCCGCCGGCAAAAGUUCAACCAACAGUACAAAGCCUAGAGAAGCCAGGGGGCUGCAGAGUGGCGCAGUGGGGAGACCUUCUGGGUCAGCCGGGGAGCCAGAGGCCCAGACAGGGGUGGGGACUGACCCAAGGUCACACGGUGAGCCAGGGUUAGGGAAUGGUAGUCUCUCCAUCCCAGCCCAGGGCUCCUCUCCUCAUGUCCCGCAGUCAUGGUGGGCGACCCACAUCCCAGGCCACACAUGGGGUCCGGCCAUGGGGUCUGGAAGUUGGGCACUUUCAGGAGCGACAGAGAAUAAGGCUGACCUGUCCGAUCAACAGAUCUCUGCCAGGCAUCUGUUCCAUGCCACAUCCAGCUCCAGGCG